AUUGUACGCAUUGAAACACAAGUAUCAUCGCAAGAGUGACGUAUGAACAGCCGAAGAAACGAAAACGAAAGAAAAGCCUUUCUGUGCCGUUGUUAUCUUCUAAAAUUACUGAAGAAUGGAGACAAACGGCCAGGCUAAUGGGCUUAAAUCUAAAAAGAAAGACAACAACGAUGCAAAGGACAAUUUGUGGUCUGCAAUAUUAGAAGAGGUCCAAAAUCAAGGGAACACAAAACUACCUUCAAACAAAAAUGUGUUAGUUUUGGGUGACAAUGAAACUGGCAAAACAACUCUGGUAGCUAAAUUACAAGGUGUUGAGGAUCCGAAAAAAGGAUCAGCACUCGAAUACGCGUACAUAGAUGUUAGAGAUGAGUAUCGGGAUGAUCAAACCCGGCUCAGCGUGUGGGUCCUGGACGGUGAUCCAGGGCACACGAACCUGCUCAAGUUCGCUCUCAGCGAGGAGACGUUCCCCCAUACCCUGGUCGUUCUCACAGUCGCCAUGACGACCCCCUGGGGUAUACUGGAUCAGUUACAGAGCUGGGCGUCAGUGCUUGGCGACCACAUAGACAAAUUGGAUCUCACACCAGAACAUAGACUACAAAGUAAAAAGCAACAGGUUCAGAAAUGGCAGAGGUACACGGAGCCAGGGGACGAAUUGGAGCCCACAGCGUCUUCUCCCAUGAAGAGGUCUUCCAGAAAUCUAUCGGACGACCUCGAGAAUGGGGAUGAUGACGAUAGCCCCCUCCCCGAAGGCGUUCUCACCACUAACCUGGGUCUGGAUAUAGUGGUCGUGGCCACCAAGACUGACUACAUGAGCACGCUUGAAAAGGAGCACGAUUACCGCGACGAGCACUUCGACUUCAUGCAGCAGUGGAUCCGACGGUUCUGUCUCCAAUAUGGCGCCGCGUUGUUCUACACCAGCGCCAAGGAGGACAAGAACUGCGAUCUGCUAUACAAGUACCUCACACAUAGGAUAUACGGCCUGCCCUUCAGAACUCCAGCUCUGAUUGUGGAGAAGGACGCUGUUUUAAUUCCCGCCGGUUGGGAUAGCAUGAAGAAAAUUAGCAUAUUAUAUGAGAACAUGCAGUCGUGCAAGCCGGACGAUUACUACAGAGACGUUAUAGUGCAGCCCGCUGUACGGAAAAGCGGCGCCAGCCGCGAGCUGGAGGUGCAGGCGGAGGACGAGCAGGCGUUCCUGCAGCGCCAGCUGGCCGCGCUGCAGGCGGGCGGCGGCGCGCGCGCAGACAGCCCGCUGCGCGCGCCCAGGCCCGCCGCGCAGCUGGACGGCGCCAAGAUCGGCAUAGGGCCGGGCACGCCGGGCAACGAGGGCGUGCUGGCCAACUUCUUCAACUCGCUGCUGUACAAGAAGAGCGGGCCCGGCGCGCGCGCGCCCGACGCGGGGCCCGCGCGCAGCGACGCCGCCGCCGAGCUCGACCGCCUCACCCGCGCCAAGGCGAGGCCUGCGCCCGCGCUGGAUUUGAACUCAUCGUCCGAGUGCUAGCUGUCAGGUAAACGAGUACUGCAGAGUCAAAGCGAUGUAGCGUAAAGCCGGCUUGUACUUUAGCGGCGGUAAGCUUGGCGGCUGCCGCGCCCGACCACGGUCACGAGUUCGAUUCCGAGGGAACCUUAAAACUGUUACACGACUAUUAUAACACUUGCUAAAUAAUAUUUCAAUUUGCAGUCGUAGAAAAUCUGUAAAAGAGAAAUUACUCAAUAGUUGGCCAAUAUUGGUUUGAAUUUAAUGUCGUAAUGAAUUAAUGAAAAGAAAAUCGCAUAUUGCAUACUAGUUACUCGUAACUCUGUCCACGUAAAACAAAUCCUCUGCUGUUGACUCUAAUCGAAUCAGUUUUGUCCCAUAUCCUAAGAAAUUUCUUAGUUUCUGCCUUUUAUUAUCUACGUUCAUAAAGUAUCGGGGUUUUAAAUAAAAUAUAAGUAUAUCGAAUUGAGAACCUCCUUUUUUGAAGUCCUAGAUUCUUUUGUCAAUCAAUUCUCUAAAUCUAUAUAGAAAUAGGUAAGUGUACAAUUAACUUAUAUAGUUUAAAAUUGAUUUUCAAGGCAAUAGUGAUUAGUCAUAUUUGAGAUUAUCUGUGCCUCCCUUAGUUGCCAUCGACCCGACCAUCCAUAAUAAAUGAAUUUAUUCUGACUCGUGACUGAAAAGCGUCAAAUAUAACAAGGAAACGCGUGCGCAGCGAAAAUGAAUAAAGCUUAAAAAAAAGUUGUUAAAUGUUUUCUUUUGCUACUGGACAGGGUGUGAAUCAUUUUUUGGCGGUGUUUUUGACUCAAAAAUAAAUAAUUUGAAACUCUUUCUGCUGAACUGAUGUCCCUUUCCACUCUUGUGGUCGUAGGCUUUCUCAUACACUUGAUUGCUAUUGGUGCUCCUAAUAUCAACCUUUUACGAGGUCCACGAACUUUGAUAAAGCAUAUGUCUUAUCUCAUAUCUCUCUCAAUCUCUACAGUUAACCUGAGUUUGAUGUAUAGAAAGCGGAACAUUAAACAUUUGUCUUUACAUCGACGUCCGUGAAUAGAACCAUAAGCGAGUUAUUCACGAACGUUGACAAGGCGUAUGACUUUCGUUUCUUCUCUAACUCUGAGAUUAACCAUAAUAUGGAAAGAGAGAGAAACAAAUACAUAUCCCUUGGCAACAUUCGUGUAUAGCUGGUAUUUAUGGUGGCGCCCAAAAUCGCUAUAUUGCGCUUUUUUAAUAGUUUUCAACAAUAUUAACACCCAAAAUAUGCCUAAGUCUCUAAGAAAGGAACAAUUCCGCCAAGGUACCUACGCUGCUAUGUAUAAAAUAAAUCGAACGCGACUUAUUACCCAUUCAGUAAAUGUAAUUUUAUUUGUAACGUCUCUGAUAUUAAAAUAAGUAUUUAUUUAUUUAGUGUUGCCCGUCGCAACUGUGAUUAAUCGGCGGUCCAACAACGGAAAAUAUAUUUACAUUGAUAAUUAAAUUUUCAUAGGUAAAUACGAUGAAAUAGACGUAAUUGUGGUUAACAACUAAUACUGAUUUAAUAUUGAGAUGUUUGAAUUUUUCCGUUGUCGGACUGCGACCAAUACAUUUCUUAGUUAUUUUGGAAGUUAGUGUCUGAGAUUAGAGAAGUACAGUGAGAGUGUUUUCAUUUUAACCGAUCAGUUAUUGGAUUUAUCGGAGCCGAUAAUUUAUUAUCCAACUUGAUAAUCUGAUGAAAAAUUUGAAAACGGAAUGUCACAUUUAAUAAUUCGAAUUUAGUCGUAAAUUUGAAUUUUUGAAUACAGCUGUCGAGUAAAUGAUUGAAAUUAUCGGAUAUUUCGCACUAUAUCAGAUCGGAUAAUGUGAAAGUGUUCUAACAUGUGAUCUUCUGUGAAGACUGGCAGUGCAAUGAUUGGUGGAAAAUGUAUAAGCACAAUGAAGUCACUAUUUGUACAAACCAUUCAUGUAUGGGUAUUAUAUAAUAUGUAUGUGAUAUCGAGAACUCGGCUGGGGCAAAUUUGAGACGCCUGUUGUUCGUUUAGUUCUGCCUUGCAAUUUUUAUAGACGCUAUUUCGCGGCACGCAAUUUUAUAGGAGGUGGACUCUGAUUUGCCUCAUGUAAAAAUUUCAUAGCAUAAAAUGGCUAAUGUCGAAGGGGCUUAUAAAAUUAUACGAAAUAUAAAAAUUAUUUGAUAUGUACUACAAAUAAUUAUAAAGGUCGGAUUUGUAAAUGGUCUGAGUUAAGAGCCCAUAAAUAUAUAUUUUGUAUUUAUUAUAAUGUAAAUUAUGAUAUCCCUAGCUUCGAUGUAUAAUAAUGGUGACCUUUAUUGUGUGAUUGAUUUUAUUUGAAUAUAUACUGACUCUUUUUGGAAGUUAUUUUCACUUCUCCAGCCUGUUUUCUACGGAAAAUUAUUUUUAUUGUGAGUGUAACAUAUUUUGUAGAGAUUUGAUUUUUGUUCACUUGUGGUGCAAUACAGAACAUUCCAAACGUGGUUUGGUGCUUAUUAUUAUAGUAAAAAUUUUAAUAGUAUUCUGGAGUUUCAUUUAUAUAAAGGUCGUCUGUCAUUUGCAUGACAUCACUGACGCGCAACAAAAAGUGGCUAUUGUAUGUUAUCUUAUUAUGAUAUGAAGUUAAAAUCAAUAUUAUCUGCAAAGCGCAGUGGUUCGUAAGUGGCAGACGAUCUCAACAGUACUUGCCCAAACGCUCUCUGUUUUUCCAAAUUUCCAACAAAGUAAAGGUCACUAUUAUACAAGUACAAAAUAGAAGGCUUCCAAAAUAUCUGUUAAUUUUCACAGACCAUUUCAUAUCGUAGGGUACUUAAAUUGGUUUGAUAUUUCAAUCUCAGCGACGCAGAUUUCCGCACAUGCAUAAUGAUCGAUGAAUAUUAUAGCGAGUUGUAUAACUUAUUAACUAUUUAGUAACUAGUUUAGGAGUAAAAUAUUUUUAAUCUAUUAAUUCCAUUUUGACAAACUUAUUGGAAAUGAGAGAGGCAGCUACUUUAAUAUGCUCCUUAUUGUUAAGAUACCCUGAGUCAAAUUUUAAAUAGAAAACUUUACAUCUCGCAACCCUUUUGUUACGCGAGAGCAGAGCUAUCCUCCCAUGAUUCGACUCUGAUAACCGGGUUAGAGCCAUGGGUAGCGGUACUAUCCCAUAGUGUGGUAACUCUAUUGUCAGUAACUUUCUUUUAUAGUCAGUUAAAUAUAAAGGGUGAUAAAGAAUAAGUUUAUGGAUUUGAAUUAUUUCUCACUUUUUAUUCCAGGUUCUCACUAGACUUGUGAGUGUUUUAAAGUUAUUUUUCUUAGUUUCUAUUUGUUUAGUGAAACCAUGUUCAACGAAUGAAGAUUAAUUCGACUUUCAUAUGCCAUAGACAUCCGAAAGUAUUCACAAGUAAUAUUAAAAAAAUAUAUUUACCGUCAAGAGAUAUAAAACUUAUUUAUUUAAAAUAUAAUCCAUGUUAUUCUUCAUUGUCAUUAAGAACAUUAUGAAAUGGAAUGGUAGAAAAUAUCUAAAUAAGCAAGUUCUAAAUAAGUUUGUCAAAGUAGUUUCAUGUAUAAUAAUUACUCAUUUGUAUAGAUAUGGAUAUGUUUUGGCAUGUUUUGAUAUGAAAUAUUUGUACAAGGUGACGGUCGGUAGUCUAUUUUUGUAAUGGGGAAACAAUGUUAAGUGGCUAAAGUGCAUAAUUAUUGUACUAAGUAUUUAUACUAUUGUACUAAGUAUUGUUCGAGUGGCAAAGAGACACAUAAAAGUAUUAUAUUAUCAAUUUUUUUAAAGUGGAAUACAUAUUUUUGCGUGGUGCGUGUAUAAAAAAGCCAAGGUAAGGAAAAAUAGCAUGCUCUAAUGUAUAGUAAAAUAAUAAUUAUUGCAUACCUAUACAUACAUAUUUCUCUCACGAAAUGAUGAAUUAUGCCGUACUACACUGGUUUUUGAAAGUUAGCACAAACGUUUGUGUUUAUGUGGACUGGACGUAUUAAUACUAUAAUAAUAAUAUCCAUUAAAUAUAUUGAUCGAUAAUUUUUAAAGGUACCUACGGAUAAUGUUCGAAUAUAAAUAAUUGUAUCUCUUUAUUAUCUCUUAAAUCGCAUUGGUAAUUACAUUAAUCUUGCUCAUUUAUUUACUUUAAAGUAUGCUAGUCAAAGUAGCAGUUUGAUCUUUAUUUUUAAUUACACCUAUUCUGUGAUAAAUCUUUUUUUUUUACAUAGAACAAAGAAAUGUGUAUUUUAUGUAUUAGCCACAUAACAUCCUCAGAUAGAAUAGGUACCAUUUAUACUUUGAAACCUUUGAACUAAUGAUACUUAAUUUAUUUUCAGUUAUAACGAAAAUUCAAAAGACUAGAUGUAUAGCGUGAUGUGUCUUUUUUGUUUUUGUUUUGUUGAUAUUUUUUCAAAUAGGUAUACUCUUCAGAAGUUACUAAAAAUAUAAUAAAAAAUACCCAAAUCCAAAUGUUUAUUUAAAUUGCAGGAAAAAUAUAUUAUCCUCACAGUUAAGUCGGCAAUUUGGUUAUACUCUAUCGUUACUAAGGCAUAGUGAUUUAUCAAUAAAUUAGCAAUCUAUAGUUUUGUGACGCUUUGAAAUAAGUUAGGUUUAAUACUUAAAAAAGAAACGUAUUGAAUGUUCAUAUUGUGGACUUGGCGCUGUUGUUAUCGGCAACGAUAAUAUUUUUUAUCAAAAGAGAUAAAAUUUCUGAAAAAUAUCGUCGUUGCGUUGUGUGUAAAAUAGUUCAACGAGUUUGUUGUUUAAAAUUUUAAUAUAAAUAAUAUAAUACCCAUAGGCAUUAUUUAAGACUAAACUGAUCAAAAUACCUGAUGAUUUUAUUUAUAACAUUGAAUUAUUUAAAAGCAUACAUUGGUCGUCCAUAACGCAUUGAUGACAAUGUUUCUCCAUGAAAAUAAUAAGUAUUAACUUUAUUACGGUACCUACCUACUUAUCAUUACCUAAUUAUAUUGCCUCACGCGUUUCUAGGGUAUCUUACUUUAAUAUGCUACUAAAUAUACCCUAGAGGAAAACUACCCGAGAGGUAUUUUUCAAUUUCUUAAUGUGGUUAAAGGUCAGACAUUGGCAGGCAAUAACAUACAUGGGUAAUGUCCCUGUCAUACGCGUGUACACUAUCCCAAAGUUUUAUUUAAAAUUUUUAGAUACAAAAUUAAUCUUAAUGACAAUGUAAAAUUGAGAGGGAAAAUAGACGAUAGAAUUAUUGGACACAUACUAUUUGAAAUGGUCUCAAGAGCGAAAUAUUCUAAAAAUAUGUGUUAUUUAACAGUUGGGUUUUUAAAACAACUGUGGGUGAAGCCUUUUUUGCUCCAAACCAGUCGAAAUGCGAUUUUAACUGCCAGACUCGUUGAAAGUUCAAUUAAAAUGCGUUCGUGCACAAUGCCCCUUAAAUAGAAACCCCACACACUCGCCUCUGUAAAUAAUCUUUACAAAGGAAUAGCAGUGAUUUCAUAAAAUUUAAUACUGUAGCCUGCAAUCGUGUUAUUAUGAUUUUUUGGCAAAAUUGUACAGAAAUUUAAAUAAAAUUAUCAACAAAACUGU